GCAACAGUUUCUUGUUGGAAAUUUGAAGUCAUAUCAUCAGCGAUGACUGCGCUACGAGACCGCACGGAGAGUAACAUCAAGUACGAGCCGGCAAGUAUGUGAAGAGUUUUGAUUUGCUUUCCAUAACUUAUGUAUGGGGACUGAGUAUUUAGGGAUCAUUAAGGGAUCGUCCCCCUGCUUCGCUCAAGGGAGGCUGUCAUUAUUUCUUUGAUUUUCACUUGCAACUAGAAUACCUUACCUCAAACCAUGUAUAAGGAGGUAUUUCUUGCCAGAUUUUGGAGAUGGAUAGGAGAAUAUUUACACGGCAGAUGAUUUAAUACCGUCACAAAUUAAAUAAGCAAUCUGGGCGCGUCUACCGUAUAUGCGUAAGCCGCUUCUGAUCGGUCAACAAAGAGGAUAUUUCUGCCGGCGCAUUACUACCAGAUCGCUAUUGGUUUUCUAAUGGAGACCUUACAGCGACAAUGUACAACUACAGUUUUUCCGCCACAGGAACCGUGUGCCAGUUACUUUAUUCUUUCAGCAUUAUUUGUAAUAACCGAUCGAGUUUAUGAAUCAAACCCUUAAUAUUUAAAAAAAUACAAAUACAAGAGCAAGCUAAAAAGAUAUGACAGGUUGAAAAACAGAUCACAUGACAUCCAUUGAAUAGGUUCUUCGACUUGUUUGUUUUCACUAAAUACAGCUAGUCUCCAGCUAAAUUUACGUCCAAAAAUCUUAUCAGUCGAUUCCAUAGCAAUUCCGCGCUGGUGGAAAACCAUUUUGUAGGACAUCAUGUCAGUGGUGUUUUAAGCUGACCGUCGUUGAUUUAUUACAUAUCACAGAUCCCUUUUCGAUCCUUGUUUGCAAAGCAACCUUGAAAUGACAAUAAUCCGGCCAGGUGUUUGCUUUUUGUCUAGUUUCAAAAAUGAGCUCUUUCUUAAUUGUCGUAUUUUUGCGUGGCUUUUUUUUUUAAUCCCUUAUCUGUUUAAAAGUCAAUCUUAUAAAAAAAAUCGCCCCUAUUUCGGUUCCCGGUACCGGGUUGUACAACUAGCGUUACUACUCUUCUUCUCCGCCGAAAAGCCGAGAUAAUCUGGUGAAUAUCAAAAGUUGUAAACAAGUUAGGUUUCAAAGCAACUUCUCGCCUUUCCUAUGUACAUUACAUCAGUCAGGCUCAGUGUACCUUUUACCAGUCCUCCUUUACUUAAAAAAUCCGCCUAGUUAUCUCAGCCAGAGCGAUUGCAAACCUCGAUGUCAAAUUGGGGGACGGUUCGCGUCCUUGCUAAGAAAAUUGCUCGCAGUCUCUUUUACCGGUGAUCUAUGAAAAACCGGUUAUUGCGCUAAAUGACCUAAACAUUUUCAGUACCGUAAUUCAUUCCUCUUUUUGAAAUUAAGAUUAAUAUAUUUGGCUAUAAUUUUACAACUAUUAUUAUUGUUACAUGUAGUGCAUUUUAUUGUUCAAUAAGCUCUCUAACCAUGAGACCUCGCCGUCGGGCUUUUGAGGCCUGAGGAACUGGCUGAAAAGCUCCAAAAUGUUCUUGCGGGAUCUCUAAAGAUCCAUAACGCGCAGUUGGACGAAUAACUCCUUGCGUAUCAGCUUGUUGGGGCUGAAUUGAACUCGCAAUACGCGGAGGAAUAGCGCUCAGGUGGGCGGGCUACAUUUCAACGUAGCCUCCCCCGCAGACAUUAGGGAGCUUUAGCAUGGACGACGGCAACGGCAGCGAAAACGUCAGUUUUAAAAUGAAUUCCCGUUUUUUUUAAUCUUGGAUGCGUUUAUUCCAAUUUGCUGAAAAUGGCAAGUGUAGGCGAAUUUCCCUGGAGUUGAUUUCUUGAGGACCGCACUCAAGUUUAGAGAGAGAAAAAGAGAUUCGUCGUUGCUUGUUUACGUCCUCCAUAAAACUUGCAAUUAGGCAUUUUCACGUCGUAGUCGUGCAAGGACGGUAAAGAAAUGUACAAAAAAGCGUGAUGCACGUGCAAAGUUGUUGUUUUGCCAAUAUAAACCUAUUGCUUUUUUGACGUCCUCUUUGCCGUCGCCGUCGUCGUUGCUAAAGCUCCCUAUUAGGGCGACGACGGCGAUGGCAACGGGGACACCACAAAAACAAUAUGUUUAAUUAGCAAAACAAUAAUUUUGCGCGUGCAUCACGCUUUUUUGUACAUUUCUUUGCGGUCACUGCAAGACUACGACGUGAAAAUGCCUAAUUUCACGAUGUACAGAGGAAGCACACAAGCGACGUCGAAAUUUCCCCUCUCUUUCUGAACUUGGAUAUGGUUCUUAGGAAUUCAACUUUCGGAGGGUUCGCGAACAUUUGACAGAGUUAGUGACUUGGAGUAAUCGCCAUGAAGAUUGAAAGAACUUGAACUCACUUUUUCAGCAACGUUUUUUCUGCCGUCGCCGUCCUCGGAUCUUAAGGUCCCUAGUUCUUAGGCGUGCGUCACGCGACGCGUGACGCACGCCUAAGAAUGUCUGCGGGGGAGUUUCCUCCUUUCUAAUACAUGUAUUUGUAUACAGAAGAGCUGUAUUAGCUGAAGCAAGUUUUUUCAACUUUUUUUUAUGUUGAUUUUGCUAACCCUUAGCAGUUAAUGAGCUUUUAUGAAUUUGGCGUUCGACUGAUCUGAAAACAAAGUGUGCGGAUAUCCACUCAGCGCCUGUUGUUGGUUAAGCAGUUAAGAUAUCUAUGAAUUUGUAUAUCAUUUACAAAGGAAACUAAUGUGUACUGUCAUAAUCAUCGCACUUUGUAAUUAUACCCGUCGUCACAAAUUGUAGUUAAGUCUGUUGCACUUUGAAAUAAACCAGCUGUCGCAGUUUGUAAUAACUAUCCAUUGCACUUUGUAAUAAACUACGCUAUCGUAAUUUGUAAUAAUUCCAUCGCAAUUGGUGGUUUUCACUGUCACGUCAUCAAAAUUAAAAAUGGAAACUUUUUAGUACAGAAAGUCUAGAAUCUGAAAAAUGAAAGAAGAUAAAUAUGCAAACAGCCUUGCCAAGAAUCAGGUCUGUGCAAUAUUUCAUAUGCGAUCGAGAUAUUCAGAAAAACGUUUUACCCAAAUUUAAAAAGCUUUGUCUGGAGACGCCAUGUUUGUGACCCUUUCAGGGCGGGUGUCUAGAAAACUCAGACCUAGAAAACACAGACCACAGACCUCAGACCUAGAAAACCCAGACCUCGAAAACACAGACCUAGAAAACCCAGACCUCGAAAACACAGACCUAGAAAACCCAGACCUCGCAAUUUAAAACGACCUACACAUUUGAUGAAAACAGUUUACGCAUGGCGCUUAUAUUCCGUACAGUUUAUAGCUACUGGCGUGCCGACUUUGCUUUUUUUUGGUCGUUUGACGUUUAUCUAUAGCUAUUGCUGGACUGAGCAACAAGAAAAGGCAACAGUCAAACGCAGGCCUCCUUUGUUGGUCUAGGAUCCAUGAUUGCGUGAUGGAAUGCCCCAGUCUUUUUUUUUAUCUUUUCCCUUAAGUAUUGUUUUGCAAUAUAAUUAAAAAUGUAAAGCGAAAUAAAAUAUAUGGACUGAGUAGUUUUAGUAGUGUGAAGGAGAUUAUUCGGAAGGCCCUGCAAUUUUCGUGAAUACAUCACACAUCAUCUUUAUUAGCGACUAAACAGCUGACUAAAAAUCGGGGUGAAUGAAGAGCAACAACAACUAUAAAAACAACGAAAUUGCAGUUUGUCAGCACUGUCUUUAAAACGAACGCUUUGCCCUUUAUUUUUUCAGUACUUUAGUGAAUAAAUGUUAAACUCGGCAGCAAAAUUCCGUGUGAUUUCAAUGAGAACAAAAAUAAAGAUAAAACAAACACUUCAACAAAACAAAAGACAUGGUGGGGGAUAUAACAGUAGAGAUAACAGAGUUACUCAUUAAUAGAUUAUUACUUCAGUUUUGCCGCUUUGCGGUUUGAAGAACAUGGAAUUUCCCCUUUCUGAUACAUUAACUAGCCACUGAGAUAGGGUGCGAAAAUAACCAAAUCGAGAGCAAGAUGAUCAGAUAACUACAGUGAAACCUCGAACAUCUAUAUAAAGAAUCUAACGAACAUCUAUAUAAAGAAGUCCUCGGUAUGACGAAAACUAUCUGCUGCCCGGCCAGAAUUACAGAGAGUGUAUGGAACACAACCUCGAUUUAACGAAAUCCACAUCUCUAUAACGAACACCAUCCACAAGCGCAAACGUAAAAUUUACCUCGAUAUAACGAAUAAAUGUCAGCAUGUGAUAACAAAGAGUGCCAAACAGACCAUCAAGGUAAAAAAUGUAUGUGUACUGUAGUUUUUCUAGUGCCGUAGCUAUGUACUCGGUCCUGAAAUGUUAUUACAAUAAUUUUUCAGAUCCGGAAAUGCUGGGUUUUGUAAAUUAAUUGUUAACUAUACUUGGAUAUAAGGGAUAUUUUGGUAGUUUUCCGGGAAAUUCGUUAAAUGGAGGUGUUCUAUAUAGCGAACCCUUGAUAUAACGAACAAACUUCCAAAGUGUCUUGGCACUUCGUUUUGAAUCGGGUUUCCACCUUUUUUUUUCAUUUCCUCAGUCACGCGAACCAUCGCGUGACUAAUUUUCCCGCGCUUUUGGGUCAUGUGAGACCGGCGAUAAGAGCCAUGUGCUAUCAAGGUUAAAUUCUAACACUGGUCGUGACUGUCCUUAAGCGCUGUAUUAUUGUUUUGAAGCCUAAUAUGGCUUUCAAGAUACCUCUUCUCGACGCGCAAUCUCUCACAAAAGGUUACUUUCGCGAUAUUCCUGGUUUUCGAUGGGCUGAUGUUGCUGACAAGAAUGAAAUAGGGAAGGGAAGUUUCGGGUCCGUGAUGAAGGCGAAUUACAUUCCCGAGAAGAAAGCCGUGGUGGUAAAGCGAUUUUUUUUGAGGGAGACUCAAAUCUGAAGCUAGUAGCAAAGGAGGCGAAGAUGUUGCAAAAUCUACGGCAUCCUAAGGUGGCAGAAUUUGUUGCUGUUUGUUCCAAACCGGUGGCCAUAAUGAUGGAAUACGAGUGUUUUGAUUUUUGCCAUUCGGUCUCGACGUUCAGGUUUCAGAUCUGCUUGCCUUUUGCAUUGCCUCGAUCGAAUACAAGCCAUUGAAGCCUUUAAACAUUUUUUACCUGUUUUUCCCAAGGUAGCUAUUGAUAUCGCCGAGGGCCUUGACUUCUUGCAUUCAAGUGGCGUGGUGCACCGCGACUUAAAACCAGGGAAUGUGUUAGUAAGUAAUAAGCAUUACGCGCGACCAGGGGUCAACAAAGAUCAACUUGAAGAUAUGUUUAACAUUGAACCAGUGGUCUGCAAACUAACGGAUUUUGGUGAAAGUCGCUCACAGUUACUUCAGACAUCAGCAAUAAUUCACGCACAAACAUCCAACAUCGAGCGUGGGACAAAACCGUAUAUGGCACCAGAAAUAGUCUUAGAGAGCCGAAAGUUAGCCACAGCAACCCUGGAUGACAUGAAAGCAAUCGAUGUUUGGGCUCUAGGGAUGAUAUUUUUCAGCGUCUUAAAUCCUGACACCAGUUUUCCGUUUGAAAUUGAAUUGAUUCUGCACUUCCGAGAUACUAAGUCACCCUAUGAGCGUCGACCCCACCUUUAACUUUGGAAAAUUUGAGGUUACGCCGUUCACGUACAAGCACUUGUUCUUGAUAUCCAAGAGAACAGGCAAAGCCCCAGCUUUUGUAGGACCAACAGCAAUCCACUACAGCAAGCAAAAAGAGUGUUUACAGCAAGAUUGUCCACGCUGUAGCUUCUAACACACCAAGUCUUGCUGAUAAGGGAAAGGGAUUCAUUACAGACGGAGAAGAAACACUGUACUCAGCCUUAAGAGAGGUUAUGCGCCACGCAACUGGGUUAAGAUGUUUCCGACAUUUUUACCAAAACUGUAAGGACAAGCUUCACAAGCUGGGGAUCCACAAAAAGCAAAACCAAAAGUUCUUUCUUGAAGUGGUCUUUGGAAAGGGUGACGACUCAGACGGUAUCCUAGAUGCGAAAGACAAAAAAGAUUUGAAGAACCGCUUGACGGAAGCAAAAGAAUCACUGGACAAAGAAGAAGAGAAGCUAACUGGGGGGAAAGCUCCUGAGUUUUGGAACUAUAUCAAGGCUCGUAAGAAAAUGAUGAAAAAUAAUAUGAUAGCUACAGCAAGACUCAAGGCUGGUAUGCCUCUUGACACAUCAGGUACGCCUUUGAAAAGCUACACCAACCAAUCCGAAAGCAUCAAUAACAAAUUAACGCGCCAAAAGGAAGCCAUGGAAAAAACCGACAAAAGUAAAGUCGACUUGACAAAGCUCCAGUUUACAAGAGAUGUCUGGGAGCAGGUAGAUAUGCACCAACAAGAAGAACUGAAGUUAGCCAUAUGUGGGUUAAGUGAGGAGUACGAACUCGCAGACCUCGUAGCUCAUCUGGCCGUUUCUCCGGAAAAAUGGUUCAACAUGAACCGAAAUCAACGAGCCGACUACGUUGUCAAAUUUAAUAGGCUGUCUGUUGAAGAUGCUUUGAACGGAAAAACCAUAGUGAUAGCCAAUUUACCCGACACUGAGCCAACCGAGUUCAACGAGUUCUCCGUUGAUGUUGCAAGCAUAUUGAAAUCCAUGGAGAACUGGACAAAUGGCUUAGUUGAUACCAUUGUCCAGGCUGCAGAGGCACUACUUAAUUGCAAAGACGCCAUUCAAACAAUGCCAUCGUUAACGGUCGCGUCAAGAAAGAAAUUUCUUGUUGGAGCUCAGAAUUGCAAGAAAGGGAUGUACGAAUGCGCAGUGUACAGUGAUCAUGUAACUUGUGCUUGCUCUUGUUACAAGUUCAAUAAACUCUGCAAACACAGCUUAAGCGUUGCCGAGAAAACAGGUAUGAUUAAGGAACAUUUAGAUUUCCUUCGAAAAACAUCGAGGCGUAAGGCUCCUUCUAAGAGUGCACUCAUCGAACCAUCAAAGGAUGCCCAAGGCAAGAAAGGUGGCAGUCACAGAAAUCCCUGGAGACCAAGUCGCGCCAAGUCCACAGACGACACAAACCAGCGGCCAUAUACUGAGAUACACCACAACAACAAGCCUCUAGUUCUCUGCUUUUUUAGAGGAUAACCCUAAAGCAAAGGAGUGUAGACAGUGCCAUAUUGAAUUUCCGAGACGGAAAAAGAUCAUACCUUACGAUGUGGUACUGUCACAUGAGGAGAAGUGGUCGUAUCCAGAUCCCAAGGAGCCAGGCCGCAAACUGCCAUCGACAAAGUACACGACAAAGUACUACUGCGUAAAUGGCACUUGUGUUAAGAGCAGAUUUCCAUAUUACGAUCCCUCAUUACUGCAAAUACCCCUGAGGUCAACUCCCGUCUUCAAAGGUCGCACUUUGACCUCCUGAUAAGGGAAAUACACUUAGAAGCGGAAAGCGCUACUUCCGGCGCUACUUCGACUUGAUUUGAAGAAAGAUGGUUUGCACUUGCGGAAAUUAGUUAAUUGGUAACAUUUCUUAGAUUUCAUUAUUACUGUAUACCAGCAGAGGCAUAUAAACUUCUGAUACCAGUUAAAAUCCAAACAAAUUCCAGGGGGCAUGUUUCCCGAGCCCCCUCAGGAAGCUUGCGCUUUUGGCGCUUGUUUAGGAAAUGGGUCAGCAUUUAUCCUAGAUCCGCGCCUGAAGUCGUUAACUUUAAAAGAAAAAAAAGCAUGACAGAAGCCAAACUGAUGUCUACAAAAACUGAAGUAGGAAAGUGCUAAUGUGUUUGCUGUAAGUCUGUAAGAGCUACAGUCUCAGUCAAAAUGGUUGGGACACUUUGGGGUCUCCUUGUCCCCUCAAUGUUGGUGUACAAGAUGUGGUGACCGAACCGCCAUGAACAACUAUUUUUGUCUGAGACUGUAGUAAGGAUUUCUGUCUCUGCUAUAUUUAUGACCACAAGAAGAACGUUGUAAGUCACCGGAUAUCACUAGUACAAAGCUCAAUUAGUGCUAACAAAACAUAAAUUACUGAUUUAAAGCAACCACUUAAAGAUGUACCAAGAAAGCAAUUUAACCAUGAAAUCUUCAUCCACGAUAUACUACGGAAGAGUUCUGUUGAGAGCAAGUAUACUCGGUUAUAACAGAUGGUUUCUUGGUUUAUUGGAAACAAAAACUUGAAUGGAAGGAUAAGUUUCGUUAUAUUUCGUUAAUCAUUAUAUAUUUCAUAUAUUUUAACAUAUAUUUUUUGUUUUUUGAUACAGUUUCGUUAUCUGUUAUGUACAAUUUCAAUCUCUACAAGGACUGCAUGGGAAUGUUCUAAAUGAAAAGUUUUCAGGAUCUCAAGUAGAAGCAAAUUAAUGCCGCCUAAUUCUCUGGAAUAUGCAGCCGUCCGCUGUCUUACUAAUUAUUUAAAUGUCCUGCGAUCUGUCGUUAUUUAACAUUGGAUUGGGACGCGAUAUUUUCGAUGUAGUCCAGUUCCUGUUUAUAACGACUAGUAAAAGAACAACAGCUUUACUUCUAUGAACAUGGUUUUUCCACUAAUGUAGUAACGCAAAAGUAACAAAUAACUUAAUGGAAACAGCACUGAAGAAUGGGCAAAGCGGCCGUUUAAGUGCUGACAGACUGCAAUUUCGUGGUUUUCAAUGUUGUCGUUGUUGCUGUUCAUUUACUGAUGUUUUACAAUUUGCCGCUCCGGUUGUACCAAGUAAUUGUGAUUUUUAGUCAGCUGUUUAGUCGCUAAUAAAGAUGAUGUGUGAUGUAUUCACGAAAAUUGCAGGGCCUUCCGAAUAAUCUCCUUCACACUACUAAAACUACUCAGUCCAUAUAUUUUAUUUCGCUUUACAUUUUUAAUUAUAUUGCAAAACAACACUUAAGGGAAAAGAUAAAAAAAAAAGAAUGGGGCAUUCCAUCACGCAAUCAUGGAUCCUAGACCAACAAAGGAAGCCUGCGUUUGACUGCUGCCUUUUCUUGUUGCUCAGUCCAGCAAUAGCUAUAGAUAAACGUCAAACGACCAAAAAAAAGCAAAGUCGGCACGCCAGUAGCUAUAAACUAUACGGAAUAUAAGCGCCAUGCGUAAACUGUUGUCAUCAAAUGUGUAGGUCUUAAGACUCGUUUUAAAUUGCGAGGUCUGGGUUUUCUAGGUCUGUGUUUUCGAGGUCUGUGUUUUCUAGGUCUGUGUUUUCGAGGUCUGGGUUUUCUAGGUCUGUGUUUUCGAGGUCUGGGUUUUCUAGGUCUGAGGUCUAUGGUCUGUGUUUUCUAGGUCUGAGUUUUCUAGACACCCUUUCAGGGCCGGCGCAAAUAUGGCCAAACAUGGCCGCCGGAAACCAACAGGAACAUUUGUUUUUGAGUUUUCCCACUAAUGCGUAAAUUCUUCGCUUGAGGGACUCAUAAAGAUUAAUUAGUACUGUUUUUUUGUCCUACUAUUAAAAUACAGAAUUGAAAAGUAUCCUGUUUGCGUUGUUUAAGAGUGAUAAAAAUCUCUUGAAUUAACAGUAUCGAGCCGAUUUUAGCAUGCCUUAAGAAAGUGCAACAUGACGUUUUUAAUUCGAAAAAAGCCUUUGACAAAAAGACAUUGGGAAGUGGAGUUGGUUAAUCAUAGGUAGCAGUGGUAAUGUAUCACAGUAUGAAUUGGCAAAGAACAUGACAGCGUGACAGUUUUUAAAGCAGUCAAGCAUAGGCGUACGGGCAAUUUUCGGCCAGGGGGGGCGGUAAACCAUUUGCCCAAAAAAUUCUCGCAAGUUGCCCAAAUUUUUACACAAGGGCCAUACGAUGCAACAACAUAGGCCGUACUGGCAUACGAAAGUGCCUCAAUACAGUUUUUCAGGGUCAAUAUAUACCUGCCAAGCUUGAGCAUAAACUAUAAGUUGCUAUAAACAAACAUUUGGAAAAAUUGCCACCACAGUUGUAUUAUAUAAAGAUGAAAAUUUGUCAUGAUCGAGGUUGCAAUGACAUCGGAGUUGUCAUAGCAACGAAAUGAUGCCAUUACCUAGGUCUAUGAAAUCGUUCUCGGGAGCUUUUUCCUCCAAUAGUCGCCUCGAUGUUUGUGAAGUUAAAACGGAAUCUGUGAGAGCGUUAUCGGGAUAUUUUGGGAUAAAGUUUUUAUCGUUAGAAAUAGAGUAAAACAAGGAAAAUCUUGAUGUUUAGCCGUUAUAUCUGUAGAAAACGAAGCGCUUUUGACAUGCAAUUUCACCUCAUAAUAUAUAGCUUCAAUCGUUUUAAAAAUGUGUGUGAGUUAUUUUAGAGAUAAUUCUGGUCAAUUGCUACAAACAAGGAUUUCAUUAGUAUGUAUCAUGGCGCUCUUGUUAACGGUUUUGUAAACAUUUCGGUCUACUUUAACAAAUUAGUGAAUAAUUUGAACCACUUGAUAGAUUUUUUUAAAAAAAUUAAGAUUCUUCUCGUAAAUCAGAGUGAGAAUUCGUCAGGCACUUCUUCACUUUCAGAUCAAUCGCUGAUGCUAUCUGCCAUACACUGUUCUACAAGCGGAGAUGAUUCUUGAAAGUUAGGCGGAAGUUUAUUCUAAUCAAUUCACAAUUGGAAAUAGCCCAUUGUAGUACAGUGCCCAACGAUUAAAAAAACCCUUCCCUCAUAAACAGAAAAUCAUCACGUGCUUGGCAGCCACUGUCUCGUGUGAAUGUAACUUGAUUAUUACGCCGACUUCAGGUUAAAAUAGAAAAUAUUUAUCUCUUCAAAAUACUAAUGACAAAACAUGAAAACGUCUUUAAAAGCUGCCUUUGCCCAAAUUUUCUCUUGCUGCCCAAAAAAUCUGAGUUGCCCAAAAUUUGGGGGGGGGCUGCAGCCCCCCCCCCCCCCCCCCCGGCCCGUACGCCUAUGCAGUCAAGUUUGCCAAAUCUUUGAAAGAUAUUCCCGCAUUACCAAAUUCCGCCAAGAAAAAUGGUGUCAAGUCAGCUUUGUUUCAAAAUUAUAACAAUGCGUGCGUUUCCUUAGCGCUUUAAAGUGAAUAAAUAUAAUUACAGAACAAAGCAGACUUAGUUGCACUUUAUGAUCUUUGGGCCCAAUAACACAAACCUAUAGUCUGCUACAAUCCCCUUUUAACCCUUUCAGCCCUAAGAGUGAUCAGCAUCAAGUUUCUCCUCCUUGUAAGGGACGGACCAUUAGAAAAGUUAUGGGGGGGGAGGGGAAUUUUCGAGCUGCAGGAAUUUUUUUUCGUUAUCAAAUUCCUUGCAUGAAUUUUUUUCAGGCUCUUGCAUGAAUAUUUCUUAGGGUUAAUUGGCUUGCAAGAAUUUUUUUUCAUUUAAUUUUCCCUUGCGCGAAUUUUUUUUUUUUACUUCCCCCCCCCCCCAUAAGUUUUCUAAUGGUCCGUCCCUAAUAUCAAUGCUUUGUAAAACAGAGUGGUCAUGAGAAUUAUGGACAUGAUCACCCAAGAUGAAUUUGCUUGACAUUUUAUUAUUUUCUUCCCACAACUUCUGUAGGAAAUUAAUAGGGGCAACAAAUAAGAAUUCAUCUUUUCAUUUAGGGUUUAAAGGGUUAAACCUUUUCAAAUUCGUUUUUUGUGAAAAAUCCCCAUUUUCCGGCUUUUGCUAACAGACUUCUUUUCCACUGUUUUAAGGAUGAAAUUUUUAAUUGCAGUCACCGCUUGUUAUAUUCCUUGUAUCUUUAAGCGGGCGCUCAAUAAUAACUUUUGUGUUAACCAUUCCACAGAUUAUUCCUAAUUUUCCCGACAAACGUCAACGCCACUGUUAUGAAAAUAAUUACCAGCCUUUUAAAUAUUAAUUGCAAAGUCUAUCAAUGCCUGUCAUGAUUUACCCGCAAAGAAACUGGAAACGUUAUAUAAGCUCAUGUUGAUGUAUAAGUGAGAUUGUCAGCGUUCUACAACCUUAAACUGUGUCGUAUUGACCAACUUCGGGCCUGAAGUAUGAACCAGACCGAAAACGUCCCUUUUUACGCGGGGAUCCCGUUUCUUGUCAUUGGAUUGAUUGGAAAUCUUUAGGUCAUACAAAUUGUGCAUAAGAUACCAGAAAUGCACACCCCGACAAAUUAUCUUCUGGUGAGUAUGGCUGUUAGUGACCUCGUCACCAUAUUGCUGUGGCCAGUGUACUACCUCGAAUUCGCAAAGUUCGUUUGCAAGUUUGUUGCUCUUGCGGAAGUCAGCAUCAUGGUUUCCUUCAAUACCCUUACUGUGCUGGCGGUGGAAAGAUACCACGCGAUUCUGAAGCCAUUCGCAACAGGACUGCGGUUAAAUAAAGAUAACAUCAAGCGGGCAAUCACUUGUAUUUGAAUCGCAAGUUUCGUUACGGGUUUUCCGGAAUUCUUUCUAAAAGAAUGGAGCGAGACAAACUCCACAUGUAUCGGUCCCUGGACCGUACAGAUGAAUGAGGCAAGCAAAAUUUACGUCGCCAUAAAUCUCACCAUAACCCUUAUUCAAAUGGUGGUUAUGUUUUUCUGCUAUGGGUGCGUGAUUAAGGGACUUUACUUUAGUAGCAUAGUGUACCCAGAAACCGACAGAGAGACAACAUCACAGAAAAAGAAACUUGUCAUAACUCUAACCCUUGCCACUACGGGGUUUGUAGUGUGUUACACGCCAUAUCUGUUGUAUUUUUGGACAUUUCUGUCAACAGGAAGUGAAAGAACCGAAGACUUUCUAGACGUAGCGGAUUUUUUUUUCGUGUCCAGUUUAAGUCUAAACCCUAUUAUUUAUGGAUUUCGUGGUAAAAAAUUUCGAGAAGGGCUUACAAGAAUGUUGUUAUGCUGGAAACCUACAACACAGAACAAUGCUUUUGAACUGAAUAACUAAUUGCUACUCUUACUAUUUACGUCAUGUAACUGAUUAGCUCUCUUUCUAAAAAAAAUAUACUCUUGCAUAAUACUGUCAACUCGCAUCCAAUUGUUAAGGACAGCUUUGCUUUUCUUUCUAGUUAUGUACAAAAAGCUAUGUGAAAUCUUUGAAGAAAACUUAAGGAAAUCUGCGUAUGGUAAAAGUGCUUUUUAGGAGUUAUGUAUCUGUAAUUUCAUUAAGUUUUGGCCCGGCCUGUAAUGUUUUGAAGUAGUAAAGAAGUUAAAAAUGACUACAAAAAAUAAUAAAGAAAUAAAUAAAACUAAAAAUCAUGAUAAUAAUAAUGAUAAUAAAAAUAAUGAUAGUAAAAAGAAAAUAAUAAUAAUAAUAAUAAUAAUAAUAAUUCUAUCCGCCUGUUAACAUUAUAGUCAAAUUUGUAACAUUUGGGGCGAGGCUUCACUGGAAUAACAGAUAUAACUAACGAUUGAGACUUAUAAAGUUGCCACCACUUAUAACUUCGCGAUCGCCUGUGUUCACUAAUGAACAGAGCCGUCUUGUAAUAACAGCUUAUAAGCCUUACUUACUUAUGCCAGUAGCAUUUAUCAAAAACUCCUUUUUUACUAGUUAAGGAAAAGAAAAGGAACAAUUAAAGCAACUGUUCACGACUUAGAAUAAAUUUGAGAAAUGGCUGAAACAUAGUGUUUUAUACUCUUCCUCAAUUAGACUUGAACAGCAGGAGCCGCCGCUUGACUUAAAAAAGGCGCCGUUUCUUGUUUACUUGAAAGGCAGCUACUCUGCGUGGGCGGCAUUCGAGAGUUAAAUUUGGGGAGGAAGAGAUAGAAUGGUACAGUGUAUGAACACACACACAAUUAAUUGACCUUUGCCAUUGCUCUAUACCUAAAGAAAAUGAAGAACGUGUUAGGAAACGUAAUUUUCCAGGUGCAAGUUGCAUUUACGAAGAAGACAUUUAUUCGAAAAUUGAGAUCCGUUAGGAUUUUAAAAUAAUUUUUUUUCGGAACAGGAACUCGAUAAACAGGUGCUGUCAAGAAAAAUUAUUAAGACUAACCUAUUAGGAACUAUCAAGCACUCAUUAAAUUAUUGCGGCCCGUCGCAUCAAUUAAAGAGUGUAGGUAUUAAUUGGGCCGGUUGCAUUGUCGAUCAAUGAAGACAGAAAAUGUCAAGCGUAAUAUUGAAACAUAAUCAUUUGUUGGGUAUAGAACAAUUAACCUGCAUAAGUUAUAUAAACACCUUUUCUUGAGUUAGUUAAUUAAGAGUGAGUCCAUGGGUGCACCAGGCAGGUGUGCUACAUGCUAUCUCUCCGAUUUCAAUGAAACUUGGCCAGUUUAAAGGGAACCUCCACUCUUACUACAGAAUAAGUUUAAAUCGAAUAAAAUUAUGUUGAUAAACAAAUUUGUUCGAAAUUUAUCUUUAAAAAAGUGUUUAUAUCAGGAAAAGUGAAUUUUAAAAUCGCUUAUUUUCACUUUCAAAUUUCGCGGGCGCCGCCAUCUUGACUAAUUGUGACGUGUAAUGGUUGCUCUGUUGUUCUGACACAAAGAGCUUUUGUUUAAUAACAAUAGGGCAAUCAUUACACGUCACAAUUAUUCAAGAUGGCGACGCCCGCAAAAUUUGAAAACAAAAAUAGGCGAAUCUAAAAGUUAUUUCUUUCGGAUACAAACGCUUUCUUUAAAAAUAUUUUAGAUUGACUUGACUGUAACAUUUAUUUCUUGUGAUUUAAAGUUAUCUUUUUGUUGAAGUGGAGGUUCCCUUUAAUGGGUCUACCCCAAAACUCAAAAUGACAAACUGGGUCAUAGUUUGGAUCUUUAUGGUAGGAGAUAGCCCACCCAACUGGUUUAACUACAUUUUUUACCAAUAAAAGUGCAUUAAUAGCAGGCAAAAGUAGGAAGCUCUCAGGACAACUGUUUUUAACCUUUUACCUGGAGGAUUUGUAUAUAUGUUGAUACAUCUUUGAUAAAUGCAAGGAUGUAAGUUUCAGUCAAUUUGAUUGACAGGUUGUCAAUCACUGGCCUUGAAUAUGGGACCUCCUUUUUAGCCAUUCAAAUAUUUGUUGAUUUUGAGAUCAAAUAUCUCUCCUUGCCAGAAAGCUAUGACAAUAAUUUUGCCACCCCCUGUUUACCAACCCUUUAGUCUAUAAUAAAGAUAACAAACAUUUUUGGGCUCUACCCUUUUUGGACGUCAGAUGCCACUCGAAAACUGGACCUAAAACAAGCUUAUUUCCACUUCUCCUGCCCUAUAAUUCAGCAAUCAACGGCCGCUGAAGUUACUAAACCGACACUUUCCAGCCCGUUGUACAAGAAUAAUAAUUGAGGAGUCUAAUGCAUGCUUAAAACGUUCAAGAUUUUGCGAGAAAAUUAAAGAUUUCACACUGAUUAGUAAUGCAUGCCACCAAAAUAUCAAAGGCAAAAUCGUACUGUUUGUGACCUCGUUUUGAUUUUCUUGCAAAAUCAGAGAUUAUUCUUCUUACGAGUUAAACUAUACAGAAGUCGUUCAUUCAAGUGUUAAUGGUCUUUACUGUGACAAGACCAAGCUUUUUUUCAUUUCCUGGGGAGAUUUCAAGGCCACAUGCCGCACGGUUGUUGACAAGCUUUAAAUCACGCCAGUAUAUACCAGUCAUAAAGGAAUGUCAACUUGUACAUCUAAAAACAACAUUCAAUGAUGAGAAAUUCUUCCUUCUACCGAUAAAUAAAUUACGCUCUUAAAAAGUUCAUUAAGUUUUGGCUACAACCUCAGAAAAAGAAUAGUAUUUCAAAGAAGAAUGGUGUUAGUUUUACUUACCACCGUCGACCUACGCCGAACUAUUAUGUAUGCUGCGUGACCGGCCAAUAUUUGUUUAGAAUCCACUUCUUUGCCUCCAAAAGGCCUUCUGAAUGUCCUUCUUAUCUCUAUAACUAUAUUUAUCUCCUCCUAUCUUCAUUUUUCUUUUAAAAUGCAAGUUGUUCGAAGAUCUCCGUCACUCUCAGUCACUAAGUUUUAGGUGACAAAAAAGAGCCUGCAAUGUUUUGAUUAGCGAAUUUCCUGUGCCUUCCCCAGAAAUUAACAUAUAUCAAUCUAAACAAUUUUUGGUUGUCUAGAGAAUGAAUAGAAAUACACAAAACAAAACGUAACUAAAAAAUAGGUAUUUACAUUUUUGUUUUCGUCUCCCUAAGGUCAAAACUGAGAAACACUAGCCUCAGUAUACAGAUCCUCACCCCGUUGAAACACGUGAUCUUUUUUUACUUAAUAUUCCUUGUUUACUUCCUGUUUUAAAGCCACAACAUUUAUUGUCGAUUGUUCGUUUAAAAAGGUGUUUAUUGUCAUUACAGUGAUAAAAACAAUAUAUAAUAUUAAAAGAUAUAUCUUAAAUAAAAUACACGGUUUACUAAAAAACUAUAGCCAUCUAAUAAAAAUACUGUGUACUAAAACUACUGUAAAAAAACAUACUAAAACUAAUUUUAAAAAUGUCUACAUUCCUGGCAUUAACACUAAAAUCAUCUAGAAAGGCAGCAUCCUUGAGAAAAGGGGAUCGGGAUCCUCGUACAUAUGUGUGGACGGAUCGUACAAAUUUCAAAAGAUAUGUUUGUUUUAAAACUAGAAAUGGCACUGGCAUGCGACUUGCCGGUUUUUGGGGGAAAGUUUGUCCGCUAGGUAGCCUGCGAACCGCAGACGCAUUUCCGGUCGUCGCUUAUCCGCUAGGUUGCUUAAAAAAGUUUGCAUUCCUUCCCCAUUCCUCCGUUCGUGCCAAAAACUAGGGGGUGGGGGGAGAUCCCAUUUCCACGUCAAUAACUCUUUGCUUGUAAUUCCUUUUCUUGUCUUUCUCAUGCUCCACGAAGAUCGAUUCUGUGGAUUUGUUCUGGUUACACGUUGAGUUCACAUGUGUUAGACAUACAUGAAAGAAUGCUGUUUCUCCUCGUGACCAGAAACUUCCUCCCUUAAUGUCCAGUAUAGCCUCAGGGCUUGUGACGGUGGAUCUUGAAGUUGAAUACCUCACUGUCGAUCGGUAGGAGGUAGGGCUCUACAUUGACAUCGUUGCAGACUUUUCUGAGCAGAGAUGUGAGAAGGUUCUGGAUGCCAUCAUGUCUUUGUGCAACAAAACCCACCUUCUUACACGACAGGGCGUGGCUGACUGUGAAUCGAUCUCCACACGUGCAAUGGCUCGGCAAGAUUGUAAUGCAAGUGUAGCAAGUCCCUAAAUUGUUGCUUAUUCAAUGUCAGGUCCUGCUGCUUAAGGGCUACGGCGUUGAGCCACGAGCUUGCGCCAUUGUCUCUGGCCUGCCCUGUUGAUCUUAGCAAGUCUAGCUGCCUUAUGUGGUGCUCUUAUUAACUUGGAGGCAGCGUAUUGCUGUGAGGUUUCAGCUUUCAGGUAUGGUAUAUCCAGAGCCCCUUGUGGUGGCGCAAUGGGGAAUGGUUCUCGCAACUCAUCAGGGAGCGGUUCCGUCUGACAAAAAACUGGAAGGAAAAUAUCGUUGAUCACUUCAUCCAUUGGUUCCACAUAGUCUUCAAAAGAGUCAAUUGUACGCAUGAAAUAUGCAAAUUUCGAUUUGUAGCCCUUUGUGAAGGCGACGUAGGCAGCAUGGGUUGAAUCUUUACGAACUCAGCCAGCAACUCGAUGUUUUUCCUCCAUCCUCCACUUUUCCACUACAUUAUUGGUCUUUGUAUUCCUGGGGUCCAAUGACUGCUCCCAGGUGUCGUUGACCUUCCGUUGUUAUUCUGACCUCCUCUCCAAACACCAGCUUGGCCUUGUCUGCUAGAUCUUGAGUCUUCAGGCUACCUGGGCUUUACUAUCAGUCAACUUUUGGAGCCAUUGACUAGGUAGCCAAAUUUCUUUCCUUCUUGACUAAAAAGCUUAUACCAGUGAGUUGUAUAACACUGAGUUGAUGGAUGUGUUGAUCGCAUACCAUGGCAUGGCUAGAGGGUCAUUGGAUCCCACAUGUGGAGACCGAUUCACAGUAAGCCGUGCCCUGUUGUGUAAGGGGGAUUUUGUUGCACAAAGACAUGAAGGCAUCCAGAAAAUUCUCACAUCUCUGCUCAGCAAAGUCUGCAAGGAUGUCGAUGUAAAGCUCCACCUCCUACCGAUCGACAGUGAGGUAUUCAACCUAAGAUCCACCGUCACAAGCCCUUAGGCUAUACUGGACAUAAAGGCAAGAAGUUCUGGUCACGAGGAGAAACAGCAUUCUUCGAUGUAUGUCGAACGCAUGUGAACUCAACGUGUAACCAGAACAAAUCCACAGAAUCGAUCUCCGUGGAGUAUGAGAAAGACAAGAAAAGGAAUUACCAACAAAGAGUUAUUGACGUGGAAAUGGGAUCUCCCCCCACCCCCUAGUUUUUGGCACGAACGGAGGAAUGGGGAAGGAAUGCAAGCUUUUUCUAAGCAACCUAGCGGAUAAGCGACGACCGGAAAUGCGUCUGCGGUUCGCAGGCUACCUAGCGGACAAACUUUCCCCCAAAAACCGGCAAGUCGCAUGCCAGUGCCAUUUCUAGUUUUAAAACAAACAUAUCUUUGGAAUUUGUACGAUCCGUCCACACAUAUGUACGAGGAUCCCGAUCCCCUUUUCUCAAGGAUGCUGCCUUUCUAGAUGAUUUUAGUGUUAAUGCCAGGAAUGUAGACAUUUUUAAAAUUAGUUUUAGUAUGUUUUUUUACAGUAGUUUUAGUACACAGUAUUUUUAUUAGAUGGCUAUAGUUUUUUAGUAAACCGUGUAUUUUAUUUAAGAUAUAUCUUUUAAUAUUAUAUAUUGUUUUUAUCACUGUAAUGACAAUAAACGCCUUUUUUAACGAACAAUCGACAAUAAAUGUUGUGGCUUUAAAACAGGAAGUAAACAAGGAAUAUUAAGUAAAAAAAGAUCACGUGUUUCAAUGGGGGGAGGAUCUGUAUACUGAGGCUAGUGUUUCUCAGUUUUGACCUUAGGGAGACGAAAACAAAAAUGUAAAUACCUAUUUUUUAGUUACGUUUUGUUUUGUUUAUUUUUAUUCAUUCUCUAGACAACCAAAAAUUGUUUAGAUUUAUGUAAAUUGCCGGGGAAGGCGCGGGAAAUUCGCUGAUCAAAACAUUGCAGGCUCUUUUUUGUCACGUAAUACUUGGUGAUUGAGAGUGACGGAGAUCUCCGAACAACUUGCAUUUUAAAAGAAAAAUGAAGAUAGGAGGAGAUAAAUAUAGUUAUGGAGAUAAGCAGGAUAUUCAGAAGGCCUUUUGGAGGCAAAGAAGUGGAUUCUAAACAAAUAUUGGCCGGUCACGCAGCAUACAUAAUAGGGACUUUAAGAUCCGAGACGCGACGGCUGUAAGACGCGACAGGAAGUAGAUUUUCAAAGAGGAGACAUGUUGCGCAUGCUCAAGCCGUUGUCCUGGUGUCACCACGUCGCGUCGAGAACGUGGGUUUUGCGAGUUUGACGUUCUGCACAAAACGUGAGUAUAUUUGUUCCUGUGCUUGAAUUAAAUGAUGGUAUAUUCCUCUAAACAUGUAACAUCAGCCUCCUAGGAUCAUUGGACGUAAUGUCUGGCGACAUUUUAGAUCUCAGAGAUGGAAGGAUUUUGAUUAUUUUUAAAUUUCUUUCAGGUGUACGAAGCUUAUAAAAUGGCAGUGCCUUCGACUUCGACUUCGAGCGAGGCUUGCAAGUAAGUCACGAGCUAAAACUGCAAAUAGUGAAUGCAGGAGUCUUCUGCACACUCUUCUCGUCUCUUGUACCGUUGCAAUUCUCGAUUUAUUGCGUUCAUCUGCCGCUAAAAGCCAAUUUUAAGCCUGUAUUAUUUAAUUUUAUUUUAUUAAACUUCGUGUGUUUUUAUACUUCCCUUUAGUUCGGUAAUGUUUUGGACUCAUGAUCAUGAAGCCAUUCUAUGCAGAGAAGUCGUCAAUGUAAAUCCCUACACAACUAAGAAAGGGUCAACACAAAGAAGCAGAAUGUGGGAAAAAUAGCAGACACCUUGAACAAAUUCACUGUGCCGAAAUUCAGGGUUGAUAAGCGAUCAGUCCGAGACCACGUGGGAAUCCUUGUUUACAAGCAUAAGAAGAAACUUCUAGCGGAGGAAAAAGCAACUGGGAUAACUCCCGAUGAGCCAACGGAACUAGAAAACCUAUUGGAUAUGAUCAUCGCGUUGGAGGAAAGUGGCGAAGCAGAAUUACAGGAAACACAGGGAACAGCUAGCAAAAAACGUCAAUACGAUCGGGCUAAAGUGAAAGAUGUUAGACUAAAAGCGAUGGAGAAGCUGUCAGAGACGAAGAAAAGAGGUUCAUCAGAGGAUGAAAGCGAUGACAAACCGAAGCGUCAACCAAGAAGUGGAGGUGACGCUAUCGAACAAAGCACAAACAAAGCAUUUCUUGGACUUUCUUAAAUGAUGCCAUGGCUAUUUCUGCGAAAGAAUCGCCGAAGAAUCAGACUGAUAAAGAGCGGUUUGCAGCCGCGUCGUCUUGCAUCGCGACCGAGAUCUUAACUUUACUUUUCGUGCGCAAACGACGGCGUUCUACAGGUCCAGUCCUUUAUCAGCCACCGCGUUCUAGAAGUCGUCGCGUCCCAGAUCUUAAAGUCCCUAAUAGCUCGGCGUAGGUCGACGGUGGUAAGUAAAACUAACACCAUUCUUCUUUGAAAUACUAUUCUUUUUCUGAGGUUGUAGCCAAAACUUAAUGAACUUUUUAAGAGCGUAAUUUAUUUAUCGGUAGAAGGAAGAAUUUCUCAUCAUUGAAUGUUGUUUUCAGAUGUACAAGUUGACAUUCCUUUAUGACUGGCGUGAUUUAAAGCUUGUCAACAACCGUGUGCCAUGUGGCCUUGAAAUCUCCCCAGGAAAUGAAAAACAGCUUGUUCUUGUCACAGUAAAGACCAUUAACACUUGAAUGAAGGACUUCUGUAUAGUUUAACUCGUAAGAAGAAUAAUAUCUGAUUUUGCAAGAAAAUCAAAACGAGGUCACAAACAUUACGAUUUUGCCUUCGAUAUUUUGGUGGCAUGCAUUACUAAUCAGUGCGAAAUCUUUAAUUUUCUCGCAAAAUCUUGAACGUUUUAAGCAUGCAUUAGAGUCCUCAAUUAUUAUUCUUGUAUAACGGGGUGGAGAGUGUCGGUUUAGUUACUUCGGCGGCCGUUAAUUGCUGAAUUAUAGGGCAGGAGAAGUGGAAAUAAGCUUGUUUUAGGUGCCGUUUUCAAGUAGCAUCUGACACCCAAAAAAGGCAGAGCCCAGAUAUGUUUUUUAUGUUUAUUAUAUACUAAAGGGUUGGUAAACAGCGAGUAGCAAAAUUAUUGUUAUAGCUUUCUGGCAAGGAGAGAUAUUUGAUCUCAAAAUCAAGAAAUAUUUGAAUGGCUAAAAAGGUGGUCCCAUUUUCAAGGCCAGUAAUUGACAAGCUUUCAAUCAAAUUGACUGAAACUUACAUCCUUGCAUUUGUUAAUGAUGUAUCAAUAUAUAUACUGUUGUCCUGAGGGCUUCCUACUUUUGUCUGUUAUUAAUGUACUUUUAUUGCUAAAAAAUGUAAUCAAACCAGUUGGGUGGGCUAUCUCCCACCAUAAAGAUCGGAAUAAAGAACCAGUUUGUCAUUUUGAGUUUUGGGGUAGAACCUUUAAACUGGCCAAGUUUCAUUGAAAUCGGAGAGAUAGCAUGUAGCACACCUGCCUGGUGCACUCAUGGACUCACUCUUAACAGUCAUUCCAAGAGUGCCCUUUGGAUAUGAGUUGGCUUUAAUCAUCUCGUAUCGAUUUUCAGCUUGUUUUUAAUUUUAAGCAGACGCCACAGUUACCAUAUUUGGAGAGCAUCAUAUGAUAUAAUGGCUCAUAUACCAUGAUGGCCAAGCCAAUCAGAGCUCUAGAAUUGCAUUAUUCAAUGAUUCAGUUUCUAAUACUUCGAGUUAGACUUUUCAACAUUUCCGAGGAGACUUUGGCCAAAGGUAACUGCAGUCUUUAAACUCAAAAUACACGCCAUCAAUUAAGACAAAACCUAGAACGCUACUUAAUAAGGAGACGCAAUAUGGAUGAAAUCUAUAACCUGACUUAUACCUUAUUCUAUUCAAGCAUCCCGUUCCUUGUCAUUGGAUUAGUCGGAAAUGUGUUGGUAAUACGAAUUGUUCACAAAACACGGGAGAUGCAGACGCCGACAAAUUAUCUUCUGGUGAGCAUGGCCGCUAGUGAUAUUAUUACCAUUUUGUUGUGGCCGUUGUAUUUCUUUGAAGUUUGGAAAUUCGUUUGCAAGUUAGUUGAGCUCGUUGAACUUUGUACAACGGUUUCCUACUUUACUAUAACUGUACUAGCGGUGGAAAGAUAUCAUGCCUUAUUGAAGCCUUUCCGAAAUGGACUGCGCUUAAGAGAAGACAACGUUAAGAAGGCGAUCGCUUGCAUUUGGAUCGCAAGCAUUUUUAUAUGUCUUCCGGAAACUUUCUUUAAAGAAUGGAGCGAAACUCGUGAGACCUGUAUCGGUCCCUGGACCUUAUACUUAAAUCAAGGAAGCAAAGCUUGUAUGGUCUUAAAUGUGGUUGUAUUUGUUAUUCAACUCUCGAUCAUAAUGUACUGCUAUGGAACCUUGAUAAGGGGACUUUACUUCACCGAAACGGUGUGUGCAGAAACAGAUGGAGAAAGGAGAUCUGAGAAAAAGAAACUUGUUAUCACGUUCAUGUUGGUAACUAUUGGAUUUUUUGUGGGCUAUACACCAGCUAUAGUUUCUUAUGUAAUCAUUCCAUCAGGAGAUGGAACAACAGACGUCAGUUUUUACGUUCAACUUACGGCUGUGGCUGAUUUUAUAUUCGUUGUAAGUUUAUGUUUCAACCCUUUUAUCUACGCUUUUCGCAGCACUAAUUUUAAAGAAGGAUUUAAAAUUGUAAUUUUAUGUAGAAAUCCGCAAAGGCAUGAUGGAAGUUGCACAGCGUAACUAAAAGUGAUAUUUUGAAUUGUUAGUAUAUCGCUGAGAUACCAUUUCGUCGAUGUAGAGUUACUAAGUGACAUUUUGUUUUUACAAAAAGGCGAUGUGGACAGAUGUUUUGGUCAGAUAAUAGAACAUGGCAUGCACUUUUUCCUAAAUUCAAGACUAGGUUUGAACCUUCCGAUGACGAGAUUCAUAGAGAUCUGAAAUUAUAGACCCCUGCUGAUGUUCGCCUAUUGAAUAGGCGAACAUCAGCAGGGGAGCUCUGUGGAAGCAUAGUUAAUUGAGUGGAAUGGUUAUGAAACCCGUCAGACUCCUUUGUUAUAUGUUUUUGUGGACCUGAAAGUGCACAACGUUCAAAAGAAUUCCUAUCAUUUUGAUUGUAUUGACCAAUAAAAACGUUGCAUUAAUUUAUUCCGUAACAAUUUGCAAAAAAAACAAACAAAGGAUUGUGCACUUUCACGGUGCUUUGAACAUAAACUGCAGCACUGUUGUUUUUAUCAUUGAUGUUUGCCGCUUUUCAUAACCAGUCUCCUCUAAUAACUAUGGUAGAAGUAAUCAACUUUUUACGGCUCAUUUACUUGGAGGUGACAAAUUCUCAUAUCAACGGAAUUCCUGUACGUCAACAAGAUUUCGGUUCAACAAAAAACUCAACUACAAAUUAGCCGCAUUGGAAGUCUUUCUGCCGAACCGGAAUGCAUUUGCCUCUGUAGUGGCUUCUCUUAAAAUUUAUUGUACUUCGAGAAGAGUGAUUUUACGCGCUUCUUACUGGGGAAUUUUCCAUUGUAUAUUUUGUCUACUUGUAUUUAUUAAACACUAAGCGCCAGUUAUUUAACCGGUAUAUUACAAUUAAGCCCUUUUCUGUUUAACCAACGCUUUUAUCAAACCCCAUUUAUAGCAUUAAGGCAGACUGGAAAACUAAAGGAAUUAUUUUCUUAAAUUAACUCAGCAAGAAAGAGGCCUGGAGGUCCAAUGAUUUCCGAAACCGCGGCCUAAGGUAACCCGUAAUGGUUUGAAAGUAAUGUCACUCUAUUUUCUUUUUGCCUCUCUCGCAAGUGAAAGUGAGAGUUCACAGAGACUGUGCGGUUUUCUCGAGUGCGUUUUAGAAGCUGCCUUAACGGAAAGGUUACUACACGACCGGAAUUAAAACAUCGAGGAAAUUAUUAAUUUAAAUCCGCGGAGUAUUUUCCCCAACAAUGAAUAAUAUUACCUCUAACUUUCUGCUAUAACACUGCAAAAUAUUUCAGAUUAUUUUUCAACCGAAUAGGCUGCGAAUUUAAUGCGAUGAUCAUGUUCACUUUCAUACCUUCAUCCGCAUUUCAUAUAUUUCAAUUCAUGCUUACAAGAUCUCCCUAAUUUUAUGUUUGAACGCAAGGCUUUUUUAAUGGAAACUUUAUUCAAGGGCAGAACUAACACUAAGCGCUAAACGGAAACUGCCUUAUGAAAAAACUUUUAAAAUUGACGCGCUGUUUUAAAGGCCUCACUGGAUCUGGAUGGGGUUAAAUACAAACGUAAGCGAAACACUAAUUUUGCAAUAUUUAAAUAAUGUCUAAAAAAUAAAGCUUCCCUCUGAGAUACCUGGCGAAUAAAAUUCUCACAGAGCCACAGCCUAAAAAGGUUAAGCUGCUCUGUUGAAUCAGGAAGGCCAAACUUUUUGUCUUAAUGCUGGUCAGAGAUUCAAACAAUAUCAAAAGCGCGUUUUUAGUUCCCUCUGAGACACCCGGAGAAUAAAGUUCUCACAGAGCCACAGCCUAAAAAGGCUAAGCUGCUCUGUUGAAUCAGGAAGGCCAAACCGUUUUACUUAAUGCUAGACGGAGAUUCAAACAAUAUCUGAGAAGCGAGUUUUUAGUUCCCUCUGAGACACCCGGAGAAUAAAAUUCUCACAGAGCCACAGCCUAAAAAGGCUAAGCUGCUCUGUUGCAUAUCUGAUAGAUAUACACUUUUCAAGGACUUACAUGUGACUUCAAAACUUUUAUUUCUCUUUAAUAGUAUAGAUCCCUCUGUUUGUAGAUCAAUUGCUGCUUUUGUUUUUGAAUGUAUGCGUUACAGACAUGAUAUGUUAUUUCAGAAAAGAAUAUAAUCUUUUUAUUUUGCUAUAUAUUUAUAAAUGAUAUAUUUGUACUUUAUUCAUAAAUAUUAGAUAGGUAAUGCCAUGUAUAGAUAUGGAAAUACCUUAAUAAAUUGUUGUUGUUGUUGUUGUUGUUGCAUCAGGAAGGCCAAACUUUUUUUCUUAAUGCUGGACAGAGAUUCAAACAAUAUCUAAAAGCGCGUUUUUAGUUCCCUCUGAGACACCCGGAGAAAAAAAUUCUCACAGAGCCACAGCCUAAAGAGGCUAAGCUGCUCUGUUGCAUCAGGAAGGCCAAACUUUCUUUCUUAAUACUGGACAGAGAUCCAAACAAUAUCUAAAAGCGCGUUUUUAGUUCCCUCUGAGACACCCGGAGAAUAAAGUUCUCACAGAGCCACAGCCUAAAAAGGCUAAGCUGCUCUGUUGCAUCAGGAAGGCCAAAAUGGUUUUACUAAAUGCGGGGCAUGCACUAUCAUCUUCACAGAUCUAAUCAGUGCAAAAUUAAAUAAAGCUUUAAUCUGUAAAUCAAUUUUUGGUUUAUGAAAUUUUACUCACUUUUACUGACUGUUGGUAGCCACUGGCUUUGGCAAAAUAAAUUUUCCUGUUUUCUUAAAAGGGAUUCGAUAAAAUUGAAAAUAUCCACUACGAUCCACGCUUCCAAAAAUGAACUCUGACUCGUUUGCGAUCAGGCUUAAGAAAUAGUGAUCUCCAUCAACAUUAUCCAUGAACAUUACACUUUCACAUCAUUAGCAGUUAUUGAGAAUUUAUGAAAUGAUCGAUCGCGAGUGAUCAGUGUCGACCUUAAAACGUUUUUGCGCUAAAAUGAUAAUAGGUAUCCAUUUGAAGAUGAUACAAAGGAACCCAAAAUAGACUUACCAAGUUUCGGCCGAUGUUUAGAAAAUUGAAAUGGGCUGGAGAGCAUCACCGUUCAGGCUAAAUCCAGUCAGCGACCCUUAAUAAAAAUCAUUUAAGCUUACAUAAUCAACAACGUCGUGAACGCCCGAGUUUCUGACUUGACGGUCAUCUGCCACCGUCAGGAAAUCGUACGAUAUUGCUUCUUGAAUGAAUCCCUCAUUUUAAUUUCCUUAAUUCAUUAAUCCACGACCAAGUACCUUUUCGAGAUCUUCUCCGCACGACGAAACGCUUUCUCUGACUUCUCUGACCGCUUCCCGCUAUAUUUUCUAGUAGCUGGAAGGAAUUUAGUCCUUCUUUGAUCGCUUUAAACCCGCUUUCGUCUGCAUUUCAUCGGCGCAAGUUAAAGGCUCGUGCUAAUGUUGAAACGACAACAACAUGAUCUUUCCUCUUUGAAAAACCAAACCUUGAUGGGUUGACUCGAGCGCCAGUACUAUCUGUACUAUCGACCAAAUCAUAAAUAGCUAUAAAUAAUCGGCCCUGCUACUUCCAAACAUCAUCUCUACAUAAAAAGCAUAAAAUUUUGACUUGCCAUGAAUUAUAUCUGUCGGUAAAACCAUUUGGUUACUGAUACUGCGUACGAGAUUACCUUUGUUUGGCAAGCGAGGGUCCAAAGACUGAAGAUGCUUUUCCCGACGAACGCCCCACUUUCAUGCCGGCUUUGAAAUUCGCGCGAGAUCGCAUUGUGAUACAAAUAGUAUCUGUCUUUCGUCUCAGCUCGUCUUCCAUCAGUGACGCAAAGUACACAAGUCAUGACAGAUUAGUGGCUAUUAAUUGAAUCCUAAUUAGGUUUUUACAAGGACACCGGAAAUUGAAACUUCCUCCCUGUGGUGAAUUUCAAAGUCGUAUGAAUCUCGUCAUGCGGCCUGAGGUGGCGGGCUACAUUUGAACGAAGCUCCGAAUGUGUUGGUUCACUCCGUCAACGAAGAGAUUGAAAUGGUGACUGGAGUUCACUUUGCACACAAAAGCAGGUUCGUUGGGCUUCUGCGAAGGGCGGCAUUUCAAUCUCUUCGCUGCGGUGCGCAGAAAGCUUCCACUUCCAAAGAUGUCUCCUGAUCCGGGAUGCAGGGUCCAGUUGUUUCCCUUUCCUGGCUUGCCAAAGGAGUCCCAAAGUAGUUGCGAGGAACUUUUAUGAAGCAAUCAUUCAGAGAAAGGUUGUGGCGAAUAUAAUUCAACAACUUCUGCUGAUUCCUCCGAAAAUACGGGAAGCGCAUCAAAAUGAACUCAUAGAUCUCAUUCAGUGUCCUCAUGCGGUAUGGGGAACUAUCGAUGGCCAUUGCAAUCAGUGCAAUGUACGAAAAUGGCGGCUUUACCUCUUCGGACAGGUAAGGUUUGCUUCUCGACUGUAUGGUGUAUUGUUUGCUGGUUGGAAAGGUAAUGUUUCAGUUAUGUCGUUCUGUGCGGAGGCUUUUUAUAUCGGUGGUGAAGCGCUUGAAUCGGAUGGCAGUAUUUUCUCUUGAUAGGGCCUCACGUUACUUGAUUGUGGCUAUUCUAUUCUGGAACUGGAGAGAGAUUCUUAGAACCCUAAACCAACUUUUUCAAAGUAAUUGAUUUUUCCUCUACAAAUAUCUGUUAACCGUAAAGGAAAGAAAUUAACCGAUACUCGCAGUAACGCCAAAAUAUUAACCGUUAACUAGCCUGCUCAGCUAGGGCUUAGUCUCCUAUAUGACUCCGGCCUGAGCAGCUGCGGAAGACAUUUCCGUUAACCAUAACUGCCAGAACUCCAUAAGGCCCUUCUUACACAAUGUUUACACAGUCAACUUCGCCAGCAGCUGAAUCCCUAGAAAAACUUCAUUCAGGCGCUCGAUUCUUAAAAAUUCCGUACUUUCGUGGCCCCAUAUUUCCAUCAUAAGCUAGCGAUGAUAUCUUCCUGAACUUUCGGUCUAAAUCUAAAUGAAAUGAAAAAAGGACAUUUUGCUUGAGAUCUGCAUUUUUUUAACAUUGGCAGUCAUAUAUUAAAUGAAUUCUUUCCUGUUUUUUCCAAAAAGAAAGAAAAAAUAUUACUAAGCACUUUUUUUCUCUUUCAGCUGAAGAAGACGAGGAAAAAACAGGAAACUGUUGUUCAAACACUAAGGUUCUCUAUUUUACAACUUUUGUCCUUGUUUGACACGUAUCCAUGUAUUAACAGAAAUGUUAU